AUGAAGAUGAAGAAGAAAACCAAAAUUCAGCAGGCAUCCAAAAAUGACAGUGAUGUCAUUCUCCGACUCCCAAACCACAUCAUCGUGGAAAUCUUCUGCAAAAUCCCCACCAAAAAGCUUCUCCAGUUCAAAUCUGUCUGUAAGUCUUGGCUCUCUUUGUUCUCGGAUUGUGAAUUCACCCAAGACUUGUUUUCUUGUACUCCUCCUUGCUUUAUGAUGCAUAGCAACACCCCGAGUGGUAUGUUCAUAGUUGAUCAUGAAAAGGCCUCCACCCCCGACGGCGUCUCACUUAGGGUGCCUCACCCUGCUAAUGCUGACCCAUCAUGGAUGCGUGACAUCGUAGGUUCAUGCAAUGGCCUCCUCUGCAUACGCCAUACUCUCUACAAGCGUACAACUACGCGUAACUUUUACGCUUUUUACCUCUUGCAACCCAUAACUGAAUCUGAUGAAUCCAAUAAGUUAAUGGUUUUGACUGUUGGCUCCAAGAGUUGGAGAAGCAUUGGGAGUUGUAAGGAUCCUGGUUGGAGGCCACAAGAGAUGGUUUAUUUGAAUGGUUCUCUUCAUUGGCAUCUUCAUCCGUGUUGUUUGAUUGGUGCAUUCAACAUUGAAAGUGAGCAGGUCCAAGAAUUUCAGCUGGAUUCUGCUUUGAGAGAAUAUAUUUGGCUGGGAGUUUUGGGAGGCUGUCUCUCCCUAACUGAUUAUGACAAUGGUGGUGCCCUAACUGAUUAUAACAAUGGUGGUGAUGUGAUUGUUUGGCUGAUGAAGGAAUAUGGUGUUGCAAAGUCUUGGACCAAAGCGUUUGACAUUCAAAACUCUUUUGGACUACCGUUAAAAUUUACAAAAGCAGGAGAAUUAAUUAUGACAUCUUAUGCUCGAGGUAAUUUUGCUUUGAUGACCUUUACUCCCGGAACAAGUACACUUGAGAAGAUUGAGGAAGUUGGUAUGCCACGGGACAAUGUUUCUAUCAGUCUCUUUGUUCCAAACUUGGUUUCACUUAAGGAUAUCCUCUUGCUUAAUUAG